GCAGUAAGAGAAUGGGGGUGGUGAGAAAGGGGGACAGCCUUGUGCCCCACUGGAGGUGGCAGGAGCUCCCGGUGUGGUGCACAUGGGACAGAGCAAAAGGCUGCACAAGCCCCUCAUGGGUGCUCUUGGCUUGUGCUGCCUUGAGGUGUGUAAAGAGGUGGGGAGAAAAAGACUCUUGAACCAUAAGAAAAGCAACUUUUCAGUGUGAUUUGAAAACCACGACUCUUGCUGGCUUAUGGAGGCCGUUUAUUUAACUUCCUAUAAAACAGGAAAACCUACAAAGUAGCUGUAAUGUGGGGGUCCCUCCAUCUUCUGUGGGAGCUGGUGUCUUACAGCCACAGAGGUUUUUUUUCCCUUGGCACUGCUAUGUACCCCUGAGACAAGGCUGAAACAGAGUGAGAGGGGAAAUGGGGAUUUUUUAGACACAUUCUGAAAGACGUUUUGAAAGCUCCGCUUUUAUUCUGUAGUGGUUAGAAAAUCCCCAGACAGACCCAGAAGGAAGGGCUGAUCCUCCAUUUGGAAACUAGGAUUGUGUUAGUUGGGUUUGUCCUGUUUGCUUACACAGAGGAGGGAUGCCUCAGGAAAAUCUUCAGGGUCACUGAAGAAGAGAUGGAUGCUGGUACAUUUUAACAUUGUGGCAUUUUAUUUUGUUGCCUUUUUUGUUACUUUUGCCAUUUUCAAAUUUGGAAUAAAAUCUCUUAGUUUUGCUAUGAUUAAGUUUGCCCCUUUGACUUGUCAGAUACUUAGAGGGAUCUCAGUUGCAGCAACAUAAAAACAAUGGUAUCUCCAGAAGCUGAAUGAUGGAGCUGUGUGGAUUAAACACUUACAAUGCUUGUGCUGAAGGACAGAUGUCACUUUAGGGGUGGAAAAGUCAAGUGGCAGGACCUGGAAGAAAGCCUGACCUGGCUUAUGUUUUCUCUCAGAUCUGCGGCAGAUAGCAGGGGGGCCGGAAAUCCCACUUACUCACAUGGGAUCGUUCCGGAGAAGCUGGAUGUUGUCAGACAGGAGAGGUCCAGACACUGGUGGGAAGAGGGCCUGGAACAGCUCCUGGAAGGAUGAAAAAAAGCGCUGUUCUCGGGAUCUGUGACGGAGCGUGGCCGUGGCUGCCAGCCCUGUGCUCCUGCAUCACCGUGAAGCUCCAGGAGGGAGGGCGGAGGUAUUAACGUGUGAAAUUGCAGCGAGAAGGAAAUACUUCCUCACGCAGCUUGCAGUGGUUUUCUCGCAGUUGAACUGUCCCACGCGGGGGCCGUGGGGCUGCGGUACAGCACUCCAUCGCCGGCCACCCACACGGGUGACCGGAGCCUCCCCGUUAGCACCGGCCACGGCUUCUUCGGGGGGAAAGCAGAGACUCCCCGUUCCCUGCGGCGAGCCCGGGGCUGUAAUCGAAGUACAAGAUGGCAAAAACCAGCCAUAGCAACUAUGUCCUUCAGCAGCUAAACAAGCAAAGAGAGUGGGGCUUUCUGUGCGACUGCUGCAUCGCUAUCGAUGAUAUUUAUUUUCAAGCACAUAAAGCAGUCCUUGCUGCCUGCAGCGCCUAUUUUAGGAUGUUUUUUAUGAACCAUCAAAACACUACAGCCCAGCUGAAUCUAAGCAACAUGAAGAUUAGCGCUGAAUGCUUUGAUCUUAUUUUACAAUUCAUGUAUUUAGGAAAAAUUAUGACAGCCCCUGCCAAUUUUGAGCAAUUUAAAGUGGCCAUGAACUAUUUACAGCUAUAUAACGUACCUGAGUGUCUAGAAGAUAUACAGGAUACAGACUCAUCUAGUUUAAAAUGUUCAUCUCCUGCUUCUAGCACCCAGACUAGUAAAAUGAUAUUUGGUGUGAGAAUGUAUGAAGAUGCACUUGCUAGAAAUGGCAGCGAAGCAAACAGGUGGGGCAUGGAGCCACCAAGUUCAACGGUAAAUACAUCCCAUAACAAAGAGCCUGAGGAAGAAACUUUGCACCUCAACAGCUUCCCCGAGCAACUGUUUGAUGUCUGCAAAAAAAGCACCACGUCCAAAUUCUCUCACACGAAAGAGCGCGUGUCACACUCGCGCCGGUUUGGAAGGAGCUUCACCUGCGACAGCUGCGGGUUUAGUUUUAGCUGUGAAAAGCUACUGGAUGAGCACGUGUUAACAUGCACCAACAGGCAUUCCUACCAAAGUGCCAGGUACUACAGUGCUGAGAAAAUAGACUUUAGUGAAAAGAACUCUACUUCUAAAAUGAUCUCCACACAAACAGAAAAAUACAAGGGGGACUCGAACCAUGCUGCGGAUGAUUCAUCGUCUCCCGUGUCAAACAUCACAAGCAGAAAAAGCAGCACUGUUGCCUCUGAGACCUCAGGUGAAGAAGGAAGUAGAGCCUCUGAGAGGAAGAGGAUUAUCAUCAAGGUGGAGCCAGAGGACAAUCCUACAGAUGAGCUGAAGGAUUUUAAUAUUAUCAAGGUGGCAGAAAAAGACUGCAAUGAGUCUUCUGACAAUGACGACCUAGACGAUGAACAGGAAGAGCCGCUUUACAGAUACUACGUCGAGGAAGAGAUGAGAGAGAAGAGAAAUGCUCGGAAGACUCUAAAGCCUCGUUUAUCCAUGGAUGAGGAUGAAAGAAAGUGUUUGAAAAGUCCACGGCACCUUAACAGCAAGGCUUCUUCAGUGCAGGAAGAUGUGGAGAAUGCUCCCUGUGAACUUUGUGGGCUAACAAUCACUGAGGAAGAUCUGUCCUCUCAUUAUUUAUCCAAACACAUAGAAAAUAUAUGUGCUUGUGGCAAGUGUGGUCAAAUACUGGUCAAAGGCAAGCAGCUACAGGAUCAUGCACAGACCUGUGGAGAACCCCAGGAUCUGACCAUGAACGGGAUCAGAAAUUCUGAGGAGAAAAUGGACUUGGAAGAAAACCCCGAGGAGCAGUCAGAAAUAAGGGACAUGAUGUUUGCAGAGAUGCUAGAGGACUUCAGGGACAGUCACUUCCAAAUGAACAGCCUUCAAAAAAACCAGUUAUACAAGCAUUCUGCCUGUCCUUUCCGAUGCCCUAAUUGCGGCCAGCGUUUUGAUACUGAAAACCUAGUGGUUGAACAUAUGUCAAACUGCCUGGAGCAAGAUCUGUUCAAGAACUCCAUGUUGGAAGAGAACGAGAGGGAUCACAGACGUAAGCAUUUCUGCAACCUUUGCGGGAAAGGAUUUUAUCAGCGUUGCCACUUGCGGGAACACUAUACCGUUCAUACCAAGGAAAAACAGUUUGUUUGUCAGACAUGUGGGAAGCAGUUCUUAAGAGAGCGCCAGUUGCGGCUCCACAAUGAUAUGCACAAAGGCAUGGCCAGGUAUGUCUGUUCCAUUUGUGAUCAAGGAAACUUCCGAAAACAUGACCAUGUACGGCAUAUGAUAUCUCACUUAUCAGCUGGAGAGACUAUAUGCCAGGUCUGCUUUCAGAUAUUCCCAAAUAAUGAGCAACUGGAGCAGCACAGGGAUGUUCAUCUGUAUACAUGUGGAGUAUGUGGAGCAAAAUUUAAUUUGAGGAAAGAUAUGAGAUCUCACUAUAAUGCCAAGCAUUUGAAAAGAACAUAAGCAUAAACAUACUGUUAAAGCAUUAAGUUGGCAGCAGAGAGAACACCAAAGCAAAGCAUAAGUAUAGUAAAAAAAUUUGAAAAGGAAAAAAAAAAUUGAAAAUAAGUCUCUUUUUUAUUAUUUUUUAAGACCCUCCUAACCAUAGGUGUCUAUUUAGGCUCAUUAAGUAUAAAGCUUUGAAAAGCAUCAUGUGUUUAAUUAUUACAUUUUCACUGUUUCCUAAUACCAGUUUCUGUUCUUAAUUUUAUUGUUUUACUACGUAGAUAUACAAAUCAUUAUUUUUAAACUGUAGAUUAAAAGCACAAUGUUACCCCUUCACUGACUGCUAUUAAACAGUUCUCGGAUCCAUGUCCGUAAGAUGA